CAGCUGCUCCAUCUCUGAGACUAACCGACCUGACCAGCGUAAACAAUUCUGGAACAGCUGUUGAAAGUGUUAUUGAUUUGCCGUAAUGGGAAAUGCUGAUACUAAAUUACAUUUUCGAAAAGCGGUUGUGCAGCUUACAACAAAAACACAGCCCAUAGAUGCUUCAGAUGAUUCCUUUUGGGAGCAGUUCUGGGGUGAACAUAUAACGACAGUACAGGAUGUGUUUGCCCUUAUACCUGCGGCCGAGAUCCGCUCCCUGAGAGAAGAGGCACCAUCCAAUCUUGCCACGCUCUGCUAUAAAGCCGUAGAAAAGUUAGUUCGGGCAGCAGACACAGGAUGUUCUACGCAACAGGAGCAGCAGAUUGUGUUAAACUGCAUGCGAAUAUUGAUGCGAGUAAUCCCAUAUAUCUUUGAGGAUCCGGACUGGCGCGGGUUCUUCUGGUCAAGCUUACCUGCGGGAGGUGAAGAAGAAGGCUCAGGAGAGUCAAUCCCACUUGCACACAGCCUCAUUCAUGCUUUAUGUGACCUGCUGUUUUGUCCUGACUUUACAGUGACAACAAACAAGAAAUCUGGACCUGACAAACAUGAAGACCUGCAGAGCAUUGACAGCUGCGAGUUUAUUUGGGAGGCGGGUGUGGGCUUUGCUCACUCCCCGCCUCAUGUACCGGCACAUGACAUGAAUCGCACAGAAAUCUUGAAGCUCAUUCUUACCUGUUUCAGCCAAAGCAUAUAUCAACCAUCUUCAGAUACGUCAGAUGCUCCAAAUCGGUGGAUAGCAGUGUUUACCUCGGCUGACAAUCGUCACGCACUGCCAUUGUUUACUUCACUUCUCAAUGUGGUGUGUGGCUAUAACCCUGUUGGGUUUGGAGUGCCAUACAAUCACCUUCUCUUCUCAGAUUCAAGAGAACCAUUGGUGGAAGUAGCUCUACAGAUUCUAAUUACUACACUAGAUCAUGACAUCACAGCAGCUUUAUCAGAGUUGGAAGAGUCUGCAGUGCCAGACAACCUCUUCAUCAACUAUUUGAGUCGCAUCCACCGAGAAGAAGAUUUCUCCUUCGUGCUUCGAGGUUUUACUCGAUUGCUGAAUAAUCCACUCCAGCAAACAUAUCUUCCACAUUCUGCCAAAAAAGUCAAUUUUCACCAAGAGUUAAUGGUUUUCUUUUGGAAGUUUUGUGAUUAUAACAAGAAAUUCUUGUUCUACGUUUUAAAGAGCAGUGAUGUGUUGGACAUCCUGGUCCCUAUUCUGUUCCACCUCAAUGAUGCUCGUGCAGACCAAUCAAGAGUGGGACUGAUGCACAUAGGCGUGUUUAUUCUGUUGCUGCUGAGCGGCGAACGAAACUUCGGCGUCCGUCUGAACAAACCGUACACAGCUUCGGUACCCAUGGACAUUCCAGUAUUCACAGGUACGCAUGCGGACCUCAUGAUCAUUGUGUUCCAUAAGAUCAUCACCACGGGCCACCAGCGUCUCCAGCCGCUCUUUGAUUGUCUCCUCACCAUCCUUGUUAAUGUUUCACCUUACAUCAAGACCAUGUCUAUGGUGGCCGCCAACAAGCUUCUUCAUCUCCUGGAGGCGUUCUCCACUCCAUGGUUCCUUUUCUCUGCACCACAUCACCACCACCUUGUAUUCUUCCUCCUGGAAACAUUCAAUAAUAUCAUCCAGUAUCAGUUUGAUGGCAACAGCAACUUAGUGUACACAAUCAUCCGUAAGCGGCAAGUGUUCCACUCCUUAGCCAACCUUCCAACGGACUAUGGAACCAUCAACAAGUCUCUGAACAGGCGAGGCAAGAGAGGUCUGUUGCGACAACCGUCCACGGAGUCAACCCGAGGUCAGAGGACGAUGGAGGGAGCUCUCCCAGCCCAGCCUGCCCAACCUGGCACAAAAACUGCUACUCUAGCUGCUAUGCCUAUACUGGAGAAGAUGACAGAAAAGGAAUCUGCCCAUCCUACAACUCAGCAGCUAAAUGAGUUAACCAUAGCAGCGACGGCCAAUGGUGACCUUGUGGGCCCAAUAUCGCCAACGUCUAAAGUACCACCACGAGGAAUUGGAGAAGACGACCCCUCGGCUGGAGCUGAUGUGGCCGUCCCACUCCCACAGGGCACAAGUAUUCAGCCUCCGACAGAAAAUCACACCUUACCUAUUGUAGAAAAUCCAAAGAUUUCUGAUAAGCCCAGCCGUCCUGAGAGUCCGACACUGUCCCUGCGAUCAGCUCAGUCAGAUUCGUCGGGCCCCAGCACUUUAUCUAUGGCACGCUCAGAAUCGGCAGCUUCGGCCCUCGGGUGUAGCUCGCAGCAACAGUGGGUACCAAACUCUGCCUGGGCCUUGAGUUGGAAGACUAAGCUGCCUUUACAGACUAUCAUGAGACUGCUGCAGGUUCUUGUUCCUCAGGUCGAGAAAAUCUGCAUUGACAAGGGUCUGACAGAUGAGAGUGAGAUCCUACGGUUCCUUCAGCACGGCACCUUGGUGGGACUGUUGCCUGUUCCCCAUCCUAUUCUCAUCCGCAAGUACCAGGCUAAUGCUGGAACUGCCACCUGGUUUCGCACUUAUAUGUGGGGCAUCAUUUACCUAAGAAAUGUCGAUCCUCCAAUCUGGUACGAUACAGAUGUCAAGUUGUUUGAAAUCCAGCGAGUAUAAAAGUGUGUGCAGUCAGCCAAGUGAGGAGUUGCAGAGGGCUACAAUUCCAAUUUAGAAUCUCAUGCAUGAGAACAAAUUAUGAAUUUAGUCAAUAUUUUUACAUAUUUUAUGAAGAUAUUUUUUACCUUAUUUGCAAAUUAUAGUAUGGUGUGCCUUUUUUUUUUUUACCUCUCUUGCUGUAGCAUGCAUAUGCAAAUCAGAAUGCUUAUUAUUAAUGAGGCUGAGUGUACUACCUCAUUUGGGAAAAUUCUCAUUUGACAUUUGGUUUUCAGGCGGUGCACUGUGAAAUACUAAAAUAGGAACAUUAGUAUUUUCACGUUGGCUGGUAUUGGGAUUAGCCUUAUAGCAAUGAAAGGGUUAUAAUUAUAUUUGUAACAUUUUUGCUUCAUUUUAGAUAUGAUUAUGUUAGAUUUGGUUUUUCUAAUGAAUGUUUUAUUGGAUAUCAACUUUGUUCACCCCAUUAAGUACAAUUUUUAUAAAUGGUCUUGUAGCAAAGUGCCACAGCCAAGUGUCAAACUAAGAGGAAAAAUGCUAACAUUUCAAGAAUUAUAACAGAUUUUUGUAUAAUCUAUUAAAAUAAUGCUAAAAUUAUUCUAUAGUCUGUUAUAGAAUAAUAACAUUAUGAAUAUUCUAUAACUAAUUAUAGAUAAACCAUAAUUAUAACUUGCCCAAACAUUUCUGACAAAUAUUUUGUUUAUAUGCUAAAUUGUAUUUAUCAAGAGUGAUACUGAUAUAGGGUAGCUUUAGGUAUACAUAUAGCAGUUGUUUUGUGUGAUGGGUAUAUGGUAUGACUGUAAAUAUAUGAUGAGUUAGGGACGAAGGAGCUAGCAGUCAGGUUGAGGAUUUGGUGUGUUGAUAAGUGAAGUAGGAGCUGCAGUCCUUGCUUUGUCUCAUGAGACACACACGAUAGGAAUUAUUAUCUGUACAAAUUUUUAACAUACACAUAUUGUAUAGGAUUAUCUUUCCCUAUACAGUAGUCCCCUCAGUUACCCAUUAGCCUGAAACGUUUGAGGAGUUACAGGUUCCGUAAAGGGGAGGCUUAACAUCUGGGUGAGAGUUGUUGUUGGUAUUUUUAUGUGAAAUGUCUAGUUUUUCAUUCUUUAAAGACAUAGUUUUCUUAUGACAGCAGAUGAUAAAUACAUUUCUUCCCCCCUUCCCCCCCCCCCCCUUACCCAGCCACUUGGGUUA